AUGAAGAAGAACGAAUGGCUGUGGCCUGGGGACAUCCAUCUAACUGCUUUUCUGGAGCUGCUGGUCGUCGAAACCAGAGUGAAAUUCCCAUUAGACUUUCUGUUUUUGAGUAAUCGCUGUUCUCUCACCGCUGAGGACCUCAACAGACAGUGGCUGAAGCCGGACCCUAAUUUAAGCCCCACAAUUUACCACACCAAAGGCUUCCUCUAUUACCUCAACAGCAUAGGCAGGACUCCGCUGGUGUUUUGCGAUUACCAUGGUCACUCCAGGAAGAAGAAUGUGUUUCUGUAUGGCUGCAGUAUGAAGGAAACCCUGUGGCAAUCUGGAUCUCCCAUUAACACGGCCACCCUGAAAGAAGACCCGGGAUACAGGACCAUCGCUAAAGCUCUGGAUCGUAUAGCUCCUGCAUUCUCCUUCAACAACUGCAACUAUCUGGUGGAAAAGUCUCGGGCGUCCACAGCACGGGUGGUCGUUUGGAGGGAGAUCGGAGUCCUCCGAAGCUACACCAUGGAAAGCACUUACAAUGGCUGCAAUCAAGGCAUCUACAAGGGGUUGCAGACAGGGACGCGGGAGCUUGAGGAGAUGGGAAUGAAGUUCGGCCAGAGUCUUCUCACCCUCAGGAGGAACGCCAUCCAUUAUAACAGCCGUCUGAUCCACCACGCAUCUGCCCUGUUGGACUUGGACGACAGGCUUCUCGACCACAAAUCCAAUAAUUGUUUCGAGGACGACGAGCCGCCCUGCAUGGAGAAGAUUGAAUACUCAGCCUGCAGCGACUCGUUUGGUGCCAACGAACUGGACACAGAGGUGAACGGUAACACAUCCAGCGAGGAAGAGGAUGAAGAAGAUGCAGAUAUCUGUAGGAAUGGGAGACGGUGUAACGACAGGAAGUCCCACCUCUUUCCUCACCACUUGAAACAGGAUGCCCUGGAGACUCUGACAAUCAAGGGUGGACAGUGUAACGGCGUUGACAUCAGUAAUGGCUUCUUAUAUUAGGCCUCUUUAGUUUGUCUUUUCUGUUAUUUAUAUUUUAUAUUAGCUUAUUUUAAGGGUGAUACUGAUAGUAUUUAGUCCAUGAAACAAAACAAGACAUGCACACCUGCAGAACAUUUGCUAGUCCCACCUGCGCUCCCUGAUAUAAACUAUAUAAAUAUGUAUUUAAUGCAUAAAAAUGCACUUGAGUAUAUGAUUGUUGCUUAAUCGUAAUAAUGAUGAGCUGAUGAGCUCAUUCUUUGGUCUAUGCGGUGAGGCAUUGUGGGUUUGUUUAUGAAUCGCUCUUACUGUAAACUAGAGGCUGGUAGAUUCCUGACAGAAGUACUCUGCUAUAUAACUGGUCUACCAAUGAAACUCGUAAGUAAACACUUGAUGUUGUAAGAUAGCACUGCAUAUAGAGUUUACCUUUAAUAAUAUAUUUAUUAUCUUACAUUGUGAAAAUCAGUAAUCAUAUGUUUUUAUGGUUAUUACACACACAAAGUGAUACACACAUAUGAGUAUAUAUUUGAAAAG